AGCCAAAGCACGCACGGCGUCCUCCGGCUUCCUCAUCCUUUCCCUCGACGCGGCGGAACCCUAGUCGCCGCCGGCGCAAACCCUAGCCGCCGGCUAUCCGCUGCAGCCACAGAACCAAUGCUGGGCAGGGGCCGAGGGCGGAGCCGCGGAGGGGGGAGAUUCAGCGGCGGCGGGAGGGGCGACGGCUCGCCGCGGUACGGUGCCCGAGACGAGCCGCCACCACGGCGCUCCUCCGGGUGGGGCGUGGCGCCGCCGUCUCGGCACCUGUGGGUGGGCGGCCUGGGCCCCGGCGCCACUGCUUCCGACCUCUCGCAGCUGUUCAUCCGGUGCGGCGAGAUCGAGGGCAUCUCCCGUGACCCUGGCCGGACCUUCGCGUUCGUGAGCUUCGUGCGGGAGCAGGACGCCGUCGCGGCGGCCCGGGAGCUGCAGGGGGCUCGGCUCCGCGGGGCGCCCAUUAGGAUCGAGUUUUCCAAGGGGGAUAAGUCUUCGGAUAGCUCUGUGGAUGACAGAUAUACACAAUCUGCUAAUGAGAGACCUUUUUUUGAAAGAGGAAGAAAACAUCAGCCAAGCCCUGAAAAACCAAUUGAUAGAUCUAAAAGAAAUAAGAAUGCAGAACCUAGUGAGGUGUUAUGGAUAGGUUUUCCUCCUGGCCUAAAGGUAGACGAAGCAGCUCUGUGGGAAGCCUUUUCACCUUUUGGCGAGAUUGUUAAGAUAACAACAUUCACAGGCCGCACCUAUGGAUUUGUGAAGUACACUACCAUUACAGCGGCAUGCAGGGCAAAAGAAGCACUUCAAGGGAGGCUUUUCAAUAAUCCAAGAGUAAGCAUAUGCUUUUCUCGUAGUGAUGGUGUUGCAGCAGAAGCUGGAAAGGGUACCUUCAUUGCCCCGUAUUCACCCCAUCUAAACCCUAGUGCACGGCCUAUCUUGGAAGCUCAAGAUUUUGAGGCCUUUCAUAGGCCUAGGUCUUUUGAUAGUCCUCCAAGAGAUUUCCGCAUGUCAUCGCUGCAUUCUGGCCCUGAAAGAUCACUGAGAGAUGCUGAUGAUGUGGGCUUCAGCAGGGAUAAUCAUUUUCGACGCGGACCUGGAAUAGAGUCUGGCCAUGUUUCUAAUUUUGAACCUUUUAGAAUGCGAGGGUUGGGUCCAGAAAGAAGGAUGUCCGAGGACCUAAAUGAACAACAUAGAAGUAGCCCUACUGUUAGGAGUGAUGCACCAUGGCGCAAUAUUCCGUUUGAGCGACCUCGAAGACCCUUACCGUUGGACGAUUCUUGGGAUGCAGAGGGUAACUCAUACCCAUUGUCGAAGAAGCUGAGGACUGGUGAAGUGCAUGAUGCUGAACUUCCUGAAUAUCCUUUCUCCGAAUUUGAUCGAGGACAUGUUGACUCACACUACCCAAGGAGGCCCUUCCAUGAUCUGCCAGAAGAUGAUCCACACCCCAUAACAUAUCACCUUCCCCCGAUGCACGGUAGAAUAUACAUGGAUCCUUCAAGAAAUCCAACCCCACCUGCUGAUAGACAAGAACCAUGGCGUUCACAGAACAGUUUUGUGACGCAUGCAGGAGAAGUGGGUAAAUCAACUCCGGAACAUCAUGGACCCCUUCCUAAGGAAGAGUGGAACUGGAAUGGUACAAUAGCAAAGGGUGGUACGCCAAUCUGCCGAGCUCGGUGCUUUCCUGUUGGGAAGGUCCUUAACUUCAUGCUGCCCGACUUUUUGGAUUGCACUGCUAGGACAAAUUUGGAGAUGCUUUCUAAGCACUACUAUGAAGCCGCUAGCAGUUGGGUUGUGUUUUUUGUUCCAGAAAAUGAUGCUGACAUGGCAGCUUAUAAUGAUUUCAUGAACUACCUUGGUGAUAAGCAACGUGCAGCAGUUUGUAAACUUGGAGAAAGGAGCACCUUGUUUCUUGUUCCACCUUCAGACUUUUCUGAGCAAGUACUGAGGGUGCCAGGAAAAGUGAGCAUAUCUGGAGUCAUUCUGAAGUUUCAGGAGGCAAAUCCAGAUUUAACCUCCACAAAUCGCCAACCGGAGGCAGUGGAAAAAGUGCCCGCAUCUUUUGCGAGUCAUCCGAACACUGAUGUGAGUAGUCAUGAAGAUCAGGAUGCAUUGAGAAGACUCAACCCUCCAGAUAUGAGUGCAGUUCCUCAGGGUCCAGAUUAUCUCCGGUCAUCGGCUGGAAUCUCUACUCCGGCAAGUGCAGAUUUUGUUACACCAUACAAGUUUGCGAAUGCUCCUCCAUAUCUGGGCUCUCAGUUACCUCAACAAGUGCCAGAACCGGACUCCCGCAGAGAGAUGGCACAAGGCCAGCACCAGCAAUUCCCAAAUAUGGGGCCCUCCAGAUGGUCUAAUAACAAUGAUCCUAGUCCAUAUUCUGGUAAUUUCAAUUCUUUGGCUAAGAAUCCAGCCUCACAUACACUAAAUGACAGGACAUCAGAUCUGUACUCAUUUGCUACUCAGGGAGUACCAAAAGGUACACAAUCAGGGUAUGCACCAGGUGAAGCAUCGAGCAUGUCCUUGCCUUCUAUGGAACCUCCACCACACCAGGUAGUUAGACCUCAGCAACCUCCAUCUCUCCCAGUAUCGCUCCCGCCGGAGCAACUUGCACAACUGGCCACUAUUCUCGCACAACAAAACCAACGAGGAAAAGAAGCUGGUUUACCAGUAGGCAGCUCAAACAAACAAUCUGGAUUCAUACAUAACUCUUAUCCACAUGAGCAUGCUUCAGUGAUGCCAGACAGCUCAGGUCAAUUCAUACAGAACUCUAAUCCUCAUGGGCAUGCUUCAGUGAUGUCAGACAGCUCAGGUCAAUUCAUACAGAACUCUAAUCCUCAUGCGCAUGCUUCACUGAUGCAAGACAGCUCAGGUCAAUUCAUACAUAACUCUAAUCCUCAUGGGCAUGCUUCAGUGAUGCCAGACAGCUCAGGUUCCAUCCCGGUCUACAACUCGCAUUUACCAGUUCCACCAUCUGCCCCGUCACAAUUACAGGUCCAUGCGCAACCAAUACAAGGUUCACUACCAUCAAACCCACCAGUUAAUCUUCCACCAAAUGCUCCUAUCCCUCGUCAUACAACUUCACAUUUACCACCUAUGCAAGUUUUCGCAAGUGCGGCUCAUUCUUCAAUGCCGUUGGGAUCAUUUGUUCCUCCACUUCCAGAAGGCCCUCCCCCUUUUCAGCAGCUUAGUUCAGGCGGUGCUUCAACUUUGCUUCCUUCUGUUCAGCAGAUGGGCCAGCAACCGUCUGCUCAAGAAGACCUUGAUGGAGAUCCUCAAAAACGCCUUCAAGCAACAUUGCAGUUGGCAGCAACCCUGCUUCAGCAGAUACAUAAACAGUCAAAACCUGGUGGCCAGUAAUAGAAAAUAAGGUUAUUGGUAAUGUUGGUGCGCAAGGAUCGUAUGGUGCUAGAUAGCCUGAAACUGCUGUGGGGAUCUUGAUUUACCAGCACCUAACAAUCGUAGGCUAUUAGUUGCUGUCUGAAUUGUCCCCUUCUCGUCUAAAUGGACCACCCUGAUUCUCGAUUUCCCGUUUGCUUUUUCUUUAGCCUGUUUAUUACAUCCUUUACUUGGAUAUACAAAGUCCACUAAUUUACUGUGGUUCCAGGUGUUCUGUUGAUAUGGCUUCUAUUAUCAAUACAUGUAAUGCAGUUCAGUGUUGAAGCUCA